AUGUCAACAAGAAUAGAUCCCAUACUAGCUGCGUUUAUAUCUUCCUUUCGUGAACUACCUAUUCAUGAAAAAGAAGGCAGAAUAAUAAAAGAGAGACGCAAGAUGACUUCGUCUGCCGAGGCCGAACCACACAUAAGGCACUCCAAUGUAUUGAAGUUCAUAUAUAUGAAAAUGCUUUCCUAUGAAGUAAACGAGAUCGACUUCUUAAAUGCCUGCGAAUCAGAUAUUCUAAGAAUAAAGACUGCCGGGUAUCUUGGUCUGAUGGCCAUGGAAAGUGACGAGUAUGUUAUCAUGGCAAUAAACACUAUCAUGAAGGACUUGGGAAAAAAGGAAACAAGAAAUGACGCAUUGACUUCGAUUUGCAAUCUCAACAAUGAUGGAAUGGCCCUUUCCAAUCUCAUGGGACAUGUUUGUCCAAAAGGGAAGGGAGAUCCAUUCCACAAAAAGGCUCUUGUAGCAUUUUUCCGAUUGAAUCCUGGUGGAAAAAUCUCUAUUGUAGGUCAAGAUCCAUCCGAGGUUUAUGUUAAAUCCCAGAUUCUAAUAGAUAUCUUUGGGAAGACUGGAAAAGUUGAUCUGUCUGAAAACGACAUAUUAUUUCUUCUUUCGCUUUUUAUGAAGAGUGAUAAUCCCUUUCUCCGAAUCAAGAUUUUACAAGUUUUUGGAAUACUCCAUUCCAAGAAUCAGUUAUCUCUGGACAGAGCUUUUCUAGACACAAUCGAUGGGGUGAUAAUCCCUCCUAAAGACAAGGUACGUCCACAGAUCGAAAUAGCAUUGGCCAUUGAGGCUGUUGAGUUUCUACUGAAGAUUGGAAAGAUCACUCCAAAGGCAGAGGCAUUUGUUCUUCGGCUUAUAGAGUCACAAAAUCCUAACUCAAGAUAUUUUGGACUCAAGAUCGUAAGAAGGUACAAAAUCCAUAGAGAUAUAGCUAUAGAAUGCUGCAUAAAGCUUGGUCUUCACCACGACCAAUGCCUUAAAACACUCAUCUCUCUUAUAACAAGAAACAAUCACAAAACAAUAUACAAAAAGAAAGAAGAGAUGAUAUUCUACAUGGAGAAGGGAGGAGCAGGCAAAAAAACGGUGAAUGAUGUAUUGGCCACAGUGUUUUCAAAGCUCUUGCAGUAUGUAAAAGACGAACAUAUGAUAAAGAUAUAUCAAGAAGUUCCGGAGAUAUGCCUGAAAAUGCCCUUGGACAAAAACAUUCCCAAAGGUUAUAUGUUAAAACUAUUCAAUAGAAUCUGUGUGACGGUAAACAGUAGGUAUUUUCCUUUGAUAUACCAACUGCUACAGUCUGGAAUGGAAAACGAAGAGCUUUACACUACAAUAUUUGAAAGACAUCUCAAUAUUUUAUCAGUUAAAAGAAACGGAGGCUGGGAGAUCUCCACUUUGAUAAGACUACUCGAUUGUAUGUUGAACUUCGGAUCCUUAACCCAUAACCGUAAUAUACUAAUUGCAAAAUAUAAGGAGAUCUUAAAGGAGGAAGAUACAUCGGAUAUACUUGACAUGUUAUUGAACACAGCAUAUUUACUCAACACUAAACUUGGAGACUCGAUAAUCCAUGUUGUCUCGGAACAUUUUAUCUACUUUACUGUUUCCAAGAACUACACCAUCGAGUUUAGGACACCUCCAAGUCUUGAGAUAAAACUUCUGGCUGGGAAUGGAACGAGCAUAGAAAAAGUAUAUGAAAAGCUUUCUGAAGAAGCUCGGACAACCUCUUUUCACAUUGAAGAAUCCUCCAAGCUGAAUCUACAAGUGUUUGUAGGGAAUCAGAUCCACAUAUUGAAUCUGGAGGUAUGA